AACAAAAGGAGGAAGUCACCUUUGUAAGUUCAGUAAAGCACACCGGUGGUUACACUACCUGACAGUCAAACAGAGACAGACAGUCGCUGCUGCGCUUUGAGGAAUAUGGCAAGAACUGAGGCCAACGGCAACUUGAAACCACUUUUGAACCAAAAUGGACUAAAAUGCGAGGACAUCAACAUAAAUGGCUAUCACAACAAGAGAGAGAAAAAUGGCCCAGGGACUGGUGUCGCCUGCAGGCAGCAGAAGCAAGAGUCCUUUGAACAGGCCCCCAUGUACGUUGCUGUCAUGACAUACCUGGGCUUUGGCAUUGUCACGCUGUUUGGCUACCUCAGAGAUUUCCUCAGAGCUGUGGGCUUAGAGAAGUGCCACCUUGCCCAGGAAAGACAGGAACAGAAGGAUUUCAUACCUCUUUAUCAAGAUUUCGAAAACUUUUACACACGAAAUCUUUACAUGAGGGUACGAGACAACUGGAACCGUCCCAUAUGCAGCCUGCCAGGACCUGUCUUUGACUUGAUGGAGAGGGUGUCUGAUGACUACAACUGGACAUUCAGGUUAACCGGGAGGACAAUACACAAUGUCAUCAACAUGGGCUCUUACAACUACCUCGGUUUUGCUGAGAACAACGCUGAUUUCCUGAAAACAGUGGCAGACAAAACACGCCAGUUUGGGGUGGGAGUUUGCAGCACAAGGCAGGAAAUAGGUAAUCUGGGCAUCCAUGAAGAGCUGGAACAACUUGUAGCUAAUUUCCUUGGAGUAGAGUCCUCCAUGACUUUUGGGAUGGGUUUCGCCACCAACUCAAUGAAUAUCCCAGCACUUGUUGGAAAGGGUUGUUUGAUACUGAGCGAUGAACUCAAUCACACAUCACUCAUCUUGGGGGCCCGACUGUCAGGAGCGACCAUCCGGGUGUUCAAGCACAACAACAUGCACAGUCUGGAGAAGAUGCUCAGAGAGGCGGUUUGCUCGGGGCAACCACGCACCCACAGGCCCUGGAAGAAGAUCCUCAUCAUGGUGGAGGGCAUCUAUAGCAUGGAAGGCUCAGUGGUGCGACUUCCUGAGAUCAUUGCUCUGAAGAAGAAGUAUAAAGCGUAUCUGUUCCUGGACGAGGCCCACAGCAUCGGAGCAGUGGGACCAUCAGGGAGGGGUGUGACGGAGCUGUUUAAUGUGAACCCAGUCGAUGUGGACGUGAUGAUGGGCACCUUCACUAAGAGCUUUGGGGCUGCUGGAGGCUAUAUCGCAGGGAAAAAGGAGCUGGUGGACUACCUGCGCAGUCACUCUCACAGUGCAGCAUAUGCCUCGGCCAUGUCCCCUCCUGUCACCGAGCAGAUCUUACGCGCCAUGAAGUGCAUCAUGGGAAAAGAUGGCAGCACAGAGGGCAUUAGACGGAUCCGCCAACUGGCAGAAAACACCAGAUACUUCAGGGCCAGACUGAAGGAGAUGGGCUUCAUCAUCUAUGGCAAUGAUGACUCACCUGUGGUUCCAAUCCUGCUCUACAUGCCAGGCAAAGUGGUGGCUUUUGCUCGAGAAAUGCUUGCAAGGAAAAUUGGUGUAGUGGUAGUCGGCUUUCCAGCCACGCCGAUUACAGAGGCCCGAGCUCGCUUCUGUCUGUCUGCAGCGCACACAAGAGCCAUGUUGAACCAGGUGCUGCACCAUCUGAACGAGGUGGGAGACGCUCUCUGUCUGAAGUUCUCACGGCUGAAAUAUUCUCCUAGCCCUGACCUCUAUGAUGAGACAGACUCUGAGCUGGCCAGCUGAUAUGACCCUUGACACUUCAUUUCACAGUGUCAAUACGAAGUGUCCAUGGCGCAGCAGACCCAUAAACACACAACGCUGAGUAACACCCACGUCUCACGGCAGAAGGGGGGACAAAUGUUUAGCAGCUGCUUUUUAUAUUUGUAAAACAUGAUGUGAUUUAACACAACACUGUGCUUUUCAACAAGAGACUCCACAUGAACUAUUUAAAUGUUUUAUAUCUCAGCACAUUUAUAUGUAAAUACACACAUGGAAUUAUUGCACAAGCAUUGCCGGAUUGGUAUGAGACUCAAGCAUGUUGUAAAAUAUCUUGAGUCAUUUAGAUUUAUAUACAGAGAUAAAUCACGUAUUGUUUGUUAAGUUGAGAGGGCCUUAUUACUCAGCUGAUGUAAUAACUUGUGUAUAAAUUUAGCACUGAAAACUUUGCCUCUCAUAAUUUAAUAUCAGCCACUAAUUACUGAAGGUCCAGUGUGUAGAAUUUAGGUGAAUAUACCAGUAUUGACAGAAAUUGAACACAAUAUAUUAAGUAGGUUUUCUUUUUUGUACUUGUGAAUGAUUAUGAGCAGUGUGCUGCACCAACAUGUCUCUACGAUAGCCCAAAACCAAACACUGGCUCUAGACAGGACCAUUCGGGUGUCUGCUUCAGCCACCAUAGUUAGCGGCCCCUUUCUCAACAAGCCAAACAGCAUUAGAAUAACACAGAUUUUUUUUAUGUGAAACUGCUUUAUUCAGUGUUUUUAGUGGUUUAAAUGACCGGGCCCAUUUGGAGAUAAAGACACUUAUGCAAAUAAUUAGUCUCUUAGCAAAAACCUCCUGAACAUCUGGAUUAUAAGUUACCAGAGAAAAAAGGCGAGCUCACAUUAGCAGGCAUUGGGCUAGCAGACAGUCUUUAAUGUGCCAAACAGCAUAGGAGAAUCAUUGAUUUGUCAUGUGAAACUGCUUUAUUCAGUGUUUUCAAGGUUUUAAUCACUGGGUCCGUUUGUUUUAGAGAUUAGGAGACCUCUGUAGAUAAUUCGGCUCCCAGUAAAAACCUCUCGAAUAAUGAACACUGAAGGAAUUAGAAGUGGGAGAUAUUUCAGCUGGUUGCAAUCUGCAGUCCACACCACUGGAUGACAUUAAAUCCUACACACUGCUCCUUUAAAAAUGCUGGAGGUGGUUAUUAUUGGAGAAUGGUGUACAGUCUAAGAGUUUGAUGCGAGGAGUCCCACUGGGUUACUGAACAUGAAGUGGUAUUUAUAAGUAAUGUAAAGGCAUUUGUAGUUUGACAUUUCCCCCUGUAGUGUAUUGCUGGAUUGCUAAAAUAUUCCCAAUAAAAGACAAAUACUGCA